GGGCCGCCGCGCGAGACGGCCCUCCCCGCCGCGCGUCGUCAUGGGUUUAUUCGGAAAGAGCAAGAGCAAGAGGGCGCAGGAGCUGAAGAAGUUGUACACGGGAUACAAGGUCGACCCCAAGGUCGCGGAGCUCGUCGGCCCGAAGGUGUUGAAGGAGCUCCGAGCGAAGUACGUGCUCUUCGACGCGGACGGCACGGGGCUCAUGGACUUGGACGAGCUCGGCGACCUCAUGCGCGCGACGGGGUUGAAUCCGGUGGAAACCAAGGUCAAGCAGCUCAUGCAGCGGUACGACCACGACAAGUCCGGGGAUUUAAACUUCAGCGAGUUCGUGGACCUGUUCGCGCACGAGCUCUUGGAGGCGGAGAGCGACGAGAGCAUGUUCAAGCGCGCGUUUCAGUUCUUCGACGCCGACGGCAGCGGCGACAUCGCGCUGAGCGAAUUUCGAAAAGUCUUGACGGAGCUCGGCGACCCGCUGUCGAAGCAGGAGCUCGAGAAGUUCUUCGAGCUCGUGGACGCGGACGGGGACGGGCACCUGAGUUAUAAAGAGUUUCUCGGGUUUUUGCAGAACGAGCGGCAGAGCAGCGGGGGGCGGUUACCGGGGCCGCCGCGGCCGGCGUUCAACCCCAAGGGCUGAUGAUUGAACAAUUCGCGUGCUCGUAUGGGCAAUCAGUCGUAGAUUAAUACGUACUCAAGUGUUGUGAAGGAUCGACUUAUUGACGGCUUAACCGACGACGCGUCUCGCGACUGUCGUCGGGGUGGCGUUCACGGGCGCGUCGGUUGGCGUCGCCACGCGUCGCGGUCGAACGCUGAAACGCAGUAGACCACCCGCUCUAGCGCGGCGGGUUGUAACGAUAUCAUAGUAGUAACGUAU